GCCACGUCACUUGAGGGUUUCUUUGCGCAACGCCGCACGACUUCCUCCUCCUCGGUGCCGCUUGACCCGCGGUGUUCGUCUCCUCUCUGGGUUCACAGCCCUCUUCUUCCACCUCCUCUUCUUCCACCUCCUCCUCUGCUGGUUGUGGCAGAUCGAGGUGAGCGGGACGCGUGUCUCGGGCGGCGGUGUGCCAUGGCAACUGGAGGGAAUGAGUCUUGGACUGCCGAGUUGGGGCUGCAGAAUGCUGUGAUAAUCAGCUCCGUGAAACUUAUGACAUCAGCUCAUCUCAGGAACUAUGAAAUAAGACGACGGCUUGAGGAUGAGCAUGAAAGGAAUGUUUGUUGUGGAGUUAUUUACCCCUACAACGACAAUGCAGAUGAGGCUCUCAUUGCCUUUGCCAGAGCCAAAGAUGUGGAUGUCUUUAUAGACAGCAACAAAUAUCCGACAAGAAAAUACAGUGAAAAUAAACAGAAACAUUCACAAAGUAAUCUGGAAAACGCAGGCCACCAAGCCAAGUCAGCAUCAGGCAACUACAAAGAGGUUGAUCGGGCUCAAGAUGAACUUUUCAAAGAUUUGCAAAGUCAAACAAAAAGUAGCAUGAGCAAUGAAGACACAGCAUCAUUUUCGAAGAUACAUCAAACGCCUGGCUAUGUUAAAGACUCAAGACAGUCAAACACUGAACUUUUACAAGCUUCAAAAAUUAACUCUGAAUUUGUUAUGGAAAUAUUUAAAGAUGAAUUAGAGCAGCUGAAAAAAAGACAUAACUUUAACAUAAGUGUCAAACGAAUGCCUGGUCAAAUUAGUACAGUGCAUAUAAUGUUGCAUCCAAAUGACAAGAACACAUUUUUGUUUAAUGACGCUAUGGAAGCUUUUACAAAUUUUUUUCAAAGCAAAAAUAAAAACAUUCGACACAGCAUAUUUAAGAUCACGAAAGACUUGCCUGAAAGACAACUUGAUGAUGCCAUUUCGACUGCGAAAAAAUCAUAUCCAGAAAUGCUCUUCCAAAAGGAUGAAAGCCUGACCGAAGUGACUGUUGUAGGAUAUGUAGCAAAGGUUGCAGGAGAUGUAGACCAGGUUGAGAAAGCACGGGAUCUGCUGUAUGAAACAUUAUAUGGUUUUAGUCAUGGAUCCUCAUCAAAAAGAAAUAAACCUAAUGCUCACGUGACCAUGAAUUCUGGCACGAUCCCCACUGCAAAACCAAACCAAGAAAACAAUAAAGACAAAUGCCCAAUAUGUAUGGAUGAUUUCACAUGUAAAACAUCCCUGGAAAAAUGUAAGCACUCUUUCUGCAAGGAAUGCAUUGAUCAGUCAAUGAAGUUAAAGUCAGUAUGUCCAAUUUGCCAGACAGUUUAUGGCAAACUAGAAGGUGAUCAACCAAAGGAUGCCUCAAUGAAGGUAACGACUUACUACAAAACUUCUUUGCCAGGAUAUGAGAAGUAUGGAACCAUUACAAUAAACUAUGACAUCCCAAAUGGCAGACAGGGGCCAGAGCACCCACAUCCUGGGAAGCUUUAUUAUGGAACAACAAGAAAAGCAUAUUUACCUGAUUCGCAAGAGGGGAGGCAUGUACUCAGCCUCCUCCAGCGGGCAUUUCAUCAGAGGCUCAUCUUCACUAUUGGGACAUCGUCAACCACCGGGCUGCAGGACUGUGUCACGUGGAAUGACAUCCACCAUAAAACUAGCACACAUGGAGGAGCUGACAGCUAUGGAUAUCCAGAUCGUGAUUACCUGAAGCGUGUACAGGAGGAGCUGAAAGCCAAGGGCAUUUUUUGAAUUUCGAAAAAUGCGAGAUUCUUCUUAUCUCGAAAACUCCAAAGUGAUUCCAUUAAGACAUUCAAGAGUAAACAAUGCAUGUCAACAUGUAAGAAUUGUCGCCAAGCAUUUGUGUUUAAACUGAUUCUAUCAAGCUUACAUGUAUAUUUUCUAACCAAAAAUGUGCUGCUGGUGUUAUGUGAUGAGAUGGCAAUCCACACAGAAGAGUGCAUCACGAUAUGCAGAAGAAUAGCCCACGAAAGUUGACAUCACAACUACUUACUUGAUUCAUCAAGUGACCUUCAAUUUGCACGACGAAUGCAUACAUAUCAAACAACUUUAAAAAUGUUCAUUACACGGCAGUCAAAGUGAAAUAUUUAAUUCUCAGUCAGAAAUGUCUCACAAUGUCAGAAAUACAUUUUUUUAUGAUGGGUUUUUCAUGCAGUCAUUGGUGACCAAGCUGAGACCAUUAACUCACAACACUUUAGAAACUUGUAUUAUAACAGGUCGCUGCCCGUAAUUGAACCCAAAUCCAGUUUGUCGAAAUACUGAAUGUGUUACAACCACACAAAUGUGGUUAUAACCACAUGAUGUAUCAUCUUAUGGGUUCACUUUUUCCUGUCACGUAUUACAAUAACCGUAUUUGUUUUUGGAUUAUGAAGCAAUUCAACUUUCAAUGGUCAAUAAGCUGCUACUAAAUUGCACACAAGUACGGUGAUUCAACAGUGUCCUGUAUUCUGCAUCCCAACUGUUAUUUUAAAACAGGUGUAAGCAGCUGGUUUAAUCCUGUAUUCACUAACCUCAAAUGACUGCACCUUGUGUGGACAGUGUAACAUGACAGGACUUUAGGACCAGUCUGGGCAUACUUAAGAAUGUUCAUUUGCUAUUCACUCUAUUAUGGUUUCUAGAUAGUGUCUGAUUACAUUAUUGUGUGUACAUUUUUCUUUGGGAUAUAUUACAAACUUUCAAAUUAUGUCAAAUUGAAAGUCAUGACAAUGGGGUUGUAUGAAUUAAUGUCACGACUAUAAAGUAAAUUUUGAUUUACAGCUUUCGUGACUGCAGGGAUUCAUAUUAUUGGUUCUUUUGGUAAAGUCACGGAGAAGGGAAAUAAUAAAAAUAUAAAACAAUAAAAUUCUCACGACGUUUCGACUGCAACACAAGCAAUCAUCAUCAGGUGUGAAAACCACAGCAAGAAAAUUUAACUAUAGAGUACUACAUUUUUUUUCAAACUGUCAUUGACAAUAGUUUUAAUUUAAAAACUACAUUUAGCCCAAAGGCUUGGUAUUGAGUUGCUUCUAUUAUUACUGCAUUAGACUGUAAUAUUACUGGUGUUUUUUAUUAGAAUCAUGGACACGUGCAUGCUGAAUAAACAAAAUGAAUUGA